AUGGAAGAUAUGGGAAGUUUUUUGACGGUAGACGAGGCCUGUAGAGCAGUCUCUGGGCCGCGGUCGUUCUUGAAACGGCUCCGCACCAUUCUCAGUGCUGAAGUGGCUCUGCUGAAGGCGCUCGUCAAGUCUCCUUUCGAAAAGCGGCUUGUGUCUCUACGGGACGGCGCUUUCAUCAACACGCUGGUGCUAAACGAGCACCAGACUGAGAAACCAGUACUUGUUCUUGCGCACGGCUGGGGCUCUGGCUUGGGUUUCUUCGCCAAGAACCUUGACGCGCUCGCUGGUGCAUACCGCAUUUACUGUUUUGAUUGGAUUGGAAGCGGAGGUUCGUCACGUCCCAAGUUCGACACAAGCAUGAACGUGGCCGAGUCCGAGGAUUUCUUCUUGCGACGCUUUGAUGAGUGGACGAAGCGAGUCGGUCUGGAGAACGAAAAGUUCAUUCUCGCGGGUCACUCGCUUGGCGGCUACCUCGCCGCCGUCUACGCGCUCCAGCACCCAGAGCGUCUGCGUGGCUUGGCGCUCAUCAGUCCGUUCGGAGUUCCGGAUGGGAAAGAGUCACAGAAGCGAUCAACGACAACUGUUAGCUCCCAUCCGACGGGAGCACAGGCCCCUCGUCUGACGAUGAUCGCCACAGCGUCUGAGGCGACACCGAAUAACUUGCAAAGCGAACCUGCGAACGAUAGCCACCCUACUGCCUCGGCGGAUCGCUUGCCAACGAAAUACCGAGUCUUGCGAGGCGUGCUUCGCACGUUUUGGAAAUUGAAUGUAACGCCUCAGAGAAUUCUGCGAUGGACGUCCACUGCUUCGACCUCCUGGAGCCAUGACCUGAUAUCCAAGUACAUCUCGCGUCGAUUCGCAUCUUCGAUCACCAGUGUACGAGAGCGCCAACUCCUUGCCGAUUAUUUGUACGCGAUUUCAGUUGCCCCAGGCUCUGCGGAGUAUGCGAUCAAGACGCUGAUGCAUCCCGGAGCCUGGGCCCGUGCACCCUUGAUGGAUCGCUUGACAGCGCUCUCACCGACGGUACCAGUGGUCUUUCUCUACGGAGCAAACGAUUGGAUGGAUCCGGAUGCUGCCAGGACCCUGAUUGACAAGGCGCGGGAACUUGGAAACGGAAAUAUGUGCCUUCAAAUCGUACCGAAUGCGGGUCAUUAUCUAUUUAUAGAUAAUCCGCAAAAGUUCAAUGAGAUAUUUCUGCAGGCGCUGAGCCGUCAGAUACUCGGAUCCGCGGUCGUUUGUGCAGAUGUUACCAACACGCAGCGCUCCAUUUCCUCGUCCGUGCUGAACUCGUCGAAAGCAUGA